AUGUAUUACUUCCUGUGCAACCUUUCCUUUGUUGAUCUCUGCUGCUCUUCAACCAUUUCUCCAAAAAUGCUGAUUGACUUGUUAGUUGAAGGAAAAAGAAUUUCAUUCGGUGCCUCUACACAGCUCUUUCUGAUUGGUAUAUUUGCAGAUACAGGGUGUGUUUUGUUGGCCAUGAUGGCCUAUGACAGAUAUGUGGCUAUCUGCAAUCCACUCCUCUAUCCAGCUAUAAUGUAAAAGGCCUGCCAGAAAAUGAUUGCUGGUGCAUAUUGUAUAGGCCUAAUGGAUACAAUUGUAUACAUCUCAACAUUUCGACUGACAUUCUGCCGGUCAAAUGUUAUUAAUCAUUUCUUCUGUGACAUACCUCCACUCUUAAUUAUCUCCUGUUCAGAUACAUACAUCAGUGAAAUAGUUAUAAUUGUCACUGCUGGCUUUCUUGAAGCAAGUAGCAUUGGAAUGAUUCUUGUAUCCUAUGUUUACAUUUUGAUUACAAUCUUGAGAAUGCGCUCAGCUGAGAGUAGGUACAAAGCAUUUUCCACAUGCACCUCUCACCUGACAGCUGUUGGGAUAUACCACGGGACAAUACUCUUCAUAUACUUGCGGCCCAGCUCCAGCUAUUCCAUGGACCAAGACAAAUGGGUCUCGUUGUUCUACACAGUUGUGGUCUACAUGCUCAACCCUUUGAUCUACAGCCUGAGGAACAAGGAAGUGAAAGAUGCUGCAACUAAAUCAGUGAACAACUAUGGAUUUUUAAAGGGAAUAAUCCUAGAUACGUUUAAUGGACAACUUCAUUACAAGCGCCGCCAUUUUCCAAAGAGGAAGACUAUCAAUGAGAAAAAGAAUUUACUUGCUAGCAAUCAACAAAGAGAAGGUCCUGGUAACCUUAAACUCAAAAUUAUGAUUUUUACACAUCACAGGAUCAAAAACCUUUAUGGAUAG